GAUACUCCUACCCAUACUCAUACAUGUAGGUCCCAGUACCUGGUUUCGGAUACCUAUACUGUUGUCAAUUUGUCAGAGUACUCAACAUAUUAGUACUCAGCAGAACCUACAUCUGUCGGAUGAAAGUUCAACUUCAACAUUGAUAUUCUUUGUUUGUACUUGUAACUUCAGGUAUGGCAUCCAAUGUGACAGUUCAAUCCGUCUUGGGCAAGAUCGGCCAGGAUCAUCUAGAAUGCUCCAUCUGCUCCAAUCGUUACAAGCAGCCCAAACUUCUGGACUGUUUACACAGUUUUUGUCUGAAAUGCCUCCAAGAGCUCAGACUACACCAAAAUCCCGAGGGUACCAAACUUACGUGUCCUCUCUGCAGACGGGAUACUAUUCUGAAAGGAGACAUUGCUGCCCUGCCUAAUAACUUCACUUUGGGAGCCCUGGUUGAGGAAUUCGCAAUGCAGGAACAGCUGCUUGAAGGUCAAGGGUCUGAGAUCAAAUGUCAAAACUGUGAUGAAGGAAAUGAGGCUGUGUUAAGAUGCAUGAAAUGCAACAGUUUUCUCUGUCAAGAGUGCAACAGGGCGCACGGACGAAUGUCUGCCAUGAAAACUCAUGAAGUGACCACAAUGGCCCAGCUCCGUUCGGGAGAGAUCUCUUACAAGAGCAAACUGAAAGAAGAGGUUCCAAAAUGCGGGCAGCAUCCAGACCAGAAUCUCAGUAUCUACUGCAAUUCGUGUUUGCAGCUGGUGUGCACAACCUGUUCUGUUUUAGACCAUGCCAGGCACUCUCUCAGUGGACAGACGGAGGCCUUGCGCAAGUGCAAACAAGAAGUUACAGAGCUGACUACAAAAGCCGAACAGAAAAGAACAGAACUCAGCACCGCAACAAAGGAAGUUGAGAAGAUUCGCAAAGCACUGGAUAGCACAUUUGCUGACACCACCAAGAAAAUCAAACAAAAAGUUGAAGAGGGGACCACCAGGACGACAGAAGAGGGGCAGAAACUGAAGCAAGAGGCGGAGAAGAUCUACAAAGACAGAGUCAAGACUUUGGACACCGCUCAAGCAACCAACAGCAAAGAAGCAAGCGACGCAGAGCUGAAGCUAGAACAGAUGAAACAACUCAUUGAACAAGCAAGCUGUCAUGAGGUGCUAGAUCUCAAGCAGAAACUGUUGCAUAAUCUCAGACAAUUGACCGUGAAACAGCCACAGAGAGUGUCUGGCGAUUUGUCUUUCAUGGAUUUCCAGGGUAGUGAAGUUACACAAGAAAUAGGGAAGCUGUUCUUUGUGGAUGAAAGGAAAACUACAGUGAUGGCUCAAGCUGCAGAACCACCAUGCGAAGUGACUUCACGUCCGGUGAGGUAUUGGCAAAUGAAGACAGAAAAACACAAAUUCUGUAACAAGAACGGUAUCAAGACAUACUUCAGAUCUGUCACUCAAGUAGCAGCAUUCUCUGACAACGAAGUAGUCAUUGUGGAUGCCGAGUGCAAGCUCUUAAUAAGCAUGUCUCUGUCUCUCAAGUCACCCACAUCUGCUGCAGUCUCCAGAGAACUUGAGAUUGAAGAUCUUCAUAACCCUACAUGCGUGGCGGUGAACAGGCAUGACCAACUCAUUGUUUUAGCAGUUCCAUUCGUCAAGAUUUUCAACAGGAAGUAUAAAUUACUGAGGCAAUUCAAACCUGGUGAUUGUAGAAAGCCAAACAGCAAACCAACAUGUCUUGCAGUGGACAACAAAGAUGUAAUAGCUGUGGGUUAUCAGAACAAGGAAGAGAUAACCCUUCACCGGUGGGAUGGAACCCUUGUCCGGAUUCUGCCAGCCCCAGGCAUAGGUCGCUAUUUGACUAUCUCAAAGGGCCGUUUCAUUUACACCAACUACAAAAAGUUACAAUCCGUUGACUACAAUGGCACUGUGGUGUUUUCAAAUGAAAUACAUGUACAAGCCAAUGACAGUAUCCCUAGUGAUGCUGAAGGACUGUGUUGUGACAGCGAUGGCAACAUCUACGUUGCAUUUUCUCUGUACAACAAUGAAAAAGACGAAAUUCAUUUUUUCAGUCCUGAUGGCAAGCACAGGGGACGUGUCAUCAAGGGAUGUAAUUAUGCAGAUGGUAUGGCAAUCAUUCCAAAUGGCGAUCUCGUAGUAGCUGCGGGAAGUUCAGUAAAGUUCUACCGCCGUAGAGAGGAAUACGAAUAAUAUCUUUAAACAGAGCAGCAAUCUCACUUAGGCUUUGCCCAUCAUCAGAGUUUCCUGAUGACGGGGCCGGGGCCGGCAGAGCAUAUACUGUCCGAAACGUUGUGUUUCAACCAGUUUCUCUCAGAAGCACACACAAUCACAAAAGCUAUUUCAUUUUACAUGGUGCAACAGCGUACUUUCUCCGAUUGCUGAUUUCACUGUGCAAACCUUAAAAUGUAAUCCCACUUUAGCCCAAACUCCCUAGCAUGAUUUACUAGGAACCAUACCCAUCCUGGCAAAUUCC